AUAACUCGGUUCACUUUUCCAAAUUCAAUAAAAGGCAGUAACGGACGUACGUAAUUUCGAAAAAAUUUUAAACUGAAAUCUGUGAUAGAAUUUUAUUUUAUAAUAUCGUAAAGGAGCUCAUAAAAUGUCGAAUAAAUUCAACGCCUUGAAACACCAUGUCGAAAAUUCAGAUCGUUCCGACAGCGGGAGUGGAGAUGAUGACUUGGGUUGCAACAUACUAGAUCUCGGUCCUGUCGAAUAUCCUGCGGGCGAACAUCGUUUACAACACCCCUACUGUUUGUGGUUCUCAAAACGACAGACUCUUGUACGUAAUCCGCAAGUACAGGCAACAGAAGGAUACGGGCAAAGUUUGAGGCUCGUCGGUCAAGUGGCGACUGUCGAACAGUGGUGGGGUUUAUAUAUUCAUGUAGUACGUUUACAUGAUUUACCUCAACACACGGACUUGCACUUAUUCAAAAAGGGGAUUCGACCGAUGUGGGAGGAUCCUGCGAAUAGUAAAGGCGGAAAAUGGGUUAUACGAUUACGUAAAGGACAAGUAGGGAGAGCAUGGGAAAAUUUGUGCAUGGCAAUGUUAGGUGAACAAUUUGUGACAGGUAACGAAAUUUGUGGAGUAGUGGUUUCCAUUCGGUACCAAGAAGAUCAGUUAAGUAUUUGGAACAGAACAGCUUCCGAUCAGGCUACUACGGCACGUAUUCGCGACUCUCUGAAAAGAUUACUUAAUUUACCAGCUACUGCGACAAUGGAGUAUAAAACACAUAACGACAGUCUCAAAGCAUGGAAAACAAUUCCUAGUGGUGUAUUAAAAAGUUGAUUCAAGUUUGCCAAUUGAAAGAUUUACGCCAUUGUUAUAUGUUAACAAGUGUGUUAAAAUUAAAUACACUCUACAACUUUU